AUGCCUGUUUUCACUGAUGAUAACAUCAAUCAAACAAAAUCUGGAAACGUAAAAUAUGCCCAAAAUACAGAUAUCUUUGAACAGAUUGGAAACACUCUUCGGCAAAGGAUUAUGAUAUUUGAUGGUGCAAUGGGAACAAUGAUUCAAAAAUAUCAACUUGAUGAAAAAGAUUUUUGUGGUACUUUACUGGCAGAUAAUCCAAAACCCUUGAAAGGAAAUAAUGAUGUCCUUACCCUGACCAGACCAGAUAUUAUUUAUGAUAUUCACCGAAAAUAUUUGGAGGCCGGAGCAGACUUUGUAGAAACAAAUACCUUCAGUGGAACACGAAUUGCUCAGGCUGAUUAUGGUCUGGAGCAUCUGGUAUAUAAAAUGAAUUUUGAGUCUGCUAAAUUAGCCAGGCAGGCAGCAGAUGAUGUUUUUAUGGCCACAGGCCUUCACAAAUAUGUAGCAGGUGCAGUUGGACCUACAAAUCGUACAUUAUCUUUGUCACCUUCUGUUGAGAAACCUGAAUAUAGAAAUAUCACUUUUGAUGCCCUUAAAGAUGCAUAUAGUGAACAAAUCCGAGGGCUUUUGGCUGGUGGUGUGGAUGUUUUAUUGGUUGAAACCAUAUUUGACACUGCAAAUGCAAAAGCUGCAUUGUUUGCCAUUCAAGAGAUAUUUGAUAAAGAAGAUAUCAAAUGCCCCAUUUUUGUGUCAGGUACUGUUGUUGACAAAAGUGGAAGGACACUUUCUGGACAAACACCUGAGGCAUUUAUUAUAAGCGUUUCACAUGCUAACCCAAUGUGCUUAGGAUUGAAUUGUUCACUUGGAGCUGUGACCAUGAGGCCAUACAUUGAAUUGAUUGCCCAAAAUACUCCAGCAUUUGUAAUAUGUUACCCAAAUGCAGUCUUUUGCCAAGGAUGGUUUGUUGAAUAUAGUUGGCGGCUGCUGUGGCACAACUCCCAGUCAUAUCAAGUAAAAAAGAAAAUUUCUUUGGCCUUCUUCUUCACAACUCUUUCUCCUUUCAUAUUUCAAACUUUGUCCGUUGCUAAAGACCAAGUUGCCAAUGGAGCCCAAAUUAUUGACAUCAAUGUAGAUGAUGGGAUGCUGAAUGGUGUGGAAGCCAUGACAACAUUUGUUAACCAUAUUGCUUCAGAACCAGCUGUUGCAAAGGUUCCCUUGUGCAUUGAUUCAUCUGACUUUGCUGUGAUUGAGGCUGGCCUUAAAUGUUUUCAAGGUAAAUGCAUUGUGAACAGCAUCAGUUUGAAGGAAGGAGAGAAAGAUUUCAUACAGAAGGCAAAACUAAUUAAACGUUAUGGAGCAGCAGUCAUUGUGAUGGCAUUUGAUGAAAUUGGACAGGCAACUGAUGUGAAGAGAAAAGUUGAAAUUUGUCAAAGGUCAUUUAAGAUUCUAACUGAGAAAGUUGGGUUCAUUCCACAAGACAUCAUUUUUGAUCCCAAUAUUUUGACUAUUGCAACCGGAAUGGAAAGUCAUAAUGUUUAUGGAAUAAAUUUCAUUGAAUCAAUCAGAAUUAUCAAGUCUUCUCUUCCUGGAGUACGGAUUAGUGGUGGUGUAUCAAAUCUAUCAUUUGCCUUUCGUGGUAACAACCCUGUCCGAGAAGCCAUGCACAGUGUUUUCUUACAUCAUGCAAUUGCAGCUGGAAUGGACAUGGGAAUUGUAAAUGCUGCUGCCUUGCAAGUUUAUACAAAUAUUGACAAAAUAUUGUUGAAACUUUGUGAAGAUGUAUUGUUUAACCAACAUCCUGAAGGUACAGACAAACUCUUGUCCUAUGCCCAGAAUCUUCAUAAUGUGGAGAAAAAAUCGGUGGUUAAUGAAGAAUGGCGCUCAUCUAGUUUAGAAGAUCGAAUUGAAUAUUCAUUGGUGAAGGGAAUUGAUACCUACAUUGAAGCUGAUAUGGAGGAGGCCCAUAAUAGUACAGAUUUGUAUUCUAGUCCCUUAAAGAUAAUUGAAGGUCCUUUGAUGAAAGGAAUGAAUGAAGUUGGUUCACUCUUUGGAUCUGGGAAGAUGUUUCUACCCCAGGUUAUUAAAUCAGCCAGGGUAAUGAAGAAAGCUGUUGGGUACCUUCUACCCUUUAUGGAAAUGGAUAAAGAAAAGAAUGCAAAGAAUGGGGUGUCGCAGGAAAGAAGUUACACUGGGACGAUGGUUAUUGCAACGGUGAAAGGAGAUGUUCAUGAUAUUGGCAAAAAUAUUGUCAGUGUUGUUCUUGGCUGUAAUAAUUUCAAGAUUAUUGAUUUAGGUGUGAUGACGCCCUGUGAGAAAAUUUUAUCUGCAGCUAUUCAAGAGAAUGCAGAUAUGAUUGGUCUUUCUGGUUUGAUAACUCCUUCACUUGAUGAAAUGGUCCAUGUUGCUAAAGAAAUGGAAAGGAUUGGACUGAAAAUUCCUCUGCUUAUUGGUGGAGCUACUACGUCCAAGCAACAUACAGCUGUAAAAAUUGGCCCCUUAUACUCAGGUCCUACAAUAUAUGUACCUGAUGCUUCAAAAAGUGUUUUUGUUAACAGAGAAUAUUUGACAUUGGAAGAAGCUCGAAAGGAAAGAUUAAAGAUUGAUUGGGUUGACGAACCACCUGCUUCUGCUCCCAUGUUUUGUGGUAUCAAGAAGUUUGUGGAUUUUGAUUUGGCAAAGCUGGUUUCCUUCAUUGACUGGAAGGCGUUCUUUGAUGUCUGGCAAUUGAAAGGGAAGUAUCCUAAUGGAAGUUACCCUAAAAUUUUUAAAGAUAAAACUGUUGGAAGUGAGGCUGAAAAAGUGUUUGCAGAUGCCCAGAAAAUGCUGAAUAAAAUUAUUUCUGGGAAACUAUUGCAAGCAAAUGGUGUUGUGUCUUUUUAUCGAGCCAACUCUGUAGGAGAUGAUAUUGAGUUAUACGACAACAAUGGAGAGUUGCUCACAAAACUUUAUGGAUUACGCCAACAGGCUAAGAAGAUAGUGAAUUACCAACAACCUUAUUAUUGCAUUUCUGAUUUUAUUGCUCCAAAGGAUAGUAAUUUAGAAGAUCACAUUGGACUUUUUGCAGUCACAGCAGGAUUAGGUGCUGAUGUUUUAUGUCAACAGUUUGAAAAACAGUAUGAUGACUACAGUGUAAUCAUGAUGAAGGCAUUGGCAGACAGGCUGACAGAGGGAAUCCGCCCAGCUCCAGGGUACCCUUGCCAACCAGAUCAUACUGAGAAACUGACCAUGUGGAAACUACUUGAUGUAUCUGGAAUUGGCAUAAACCUUACACAAUCUUUGGCAAUGUUACCGGCAGCUUCUGUGUCUGGAUUGUAUUUUUCUCACCCCAAAUCUCUUUACUUUGCCACUGGAAAAUUGGCAAAAGACCAGGUUGUUGAUUAUGCCAGCCGAAAAUCUAUGAGUCUUAAAGAUGUUGAGAAAUGGUUGGGACCAGUUCUGCUUUAUAAUCCCAAUUAA